AUGGCAAAUUUGGCUUCUGCGAGCGUCCCCGCUCCCCCGCCAGCGAGUCGGACCCAUCUUUCCAUCCAAAGGGUGUCGACAGCACUGGACAGUAGCGACGAGGCGCGCACCGACACGUCCACGUCGCCUUCCAUGAACCCAGCGCGCUCACCCGGCACCGACGCUAAAGGCCGCGGCAAAUGCACUGCAACAGCCACCCCAGCACCAGCAAGAACCCCCGCAGCUUCUUCUUCUAGUGGCAGACGUAGGAAGGCGGACACAGCGGUUCUAGGUGAGGACAAGCCAGUCCCUAAGCAACGCAAGUACGAGCGCAAGACCAAGCGCUUCAUCUGGCCUGACGAUCUCCAUCGACUCUUUGUGGCUGCAAUCUUCGACGUUGGUCUCAAGAACGCAUCCCCGAAGGCUCUGCUGGCUCUCAUGGAAGCCGCAGGACCGAACUCCGGCCUCACGACGGAGCAUCUCAAGUCUCAUCUGCAAAAGUAUCGCCUCAACUACGAGCGCUCUAGGAUGGAGUUUCUCGAGUAUUACGACCGCAGCGCCAAGCGCAACCUCAAGCGUCGCCGCCGUCAGGCUCAACAUCGAGCGAGUGGAACUGGGAGUGAGGCCAAUACUAUGUUUGUGUUCCCCAUCAGCAACUCCAAGCGCCGAAAGAGUCGUGGAAGCGACAGUGACAGCGAUGACAGCGACUCGGACACUGGCGAUAGCAAUACCAAUGACAGCAGGAUGGAGGUGGAUACUAAAGGCCGGACAACUCCUCAGGGACGACACGAAUCCCCCGCAGUCGCAGCUAACUCUCACGCGCGUAGUUUGAAUUACUCUCAGCUCAUGCAGAGUGCACAGCAACCGCCAAUCCUUGACGGAAACAGCCAUACUCGUCAGCAUCCUCCGAGCACGAAUGAGCGCAUGAUGCCCGUCAUUCCAACGACAGUAUCCACGGGAAUGAUCCCGAUAGCACCUCAGCACUUGCCUCCAGCGUAUGCAGCUCAUCUCCAACGGAAACAAGUUUCCGACCACGGCCGUGAAUUGGCUGCAGCUGCCGCCGCUGUGGCUGCAUACCGUUACCCAUUAGGACAACUACCUGUGGCUUCGGGAGUUGCUGUGAUACCAGAGCUUACUGAUCCGCAGUGGAGCAUUUUGAACUCUCUGAUGUCUCCUCAGCUGGCUGGUAUGACUGGACCUGUAGGCGAAGGCGGACUUCUUUCACACGCAGGAGGUACAAGUGAGGCGAUGGCUCGUGGCGGUAGUGGCGCGGAUGGAUUCAUGCUCCAAGAGGAACCAAGUGAUCUACAGAUGCAGAUGCACUUAGCCAUGCAAGCUCAGAUGAACCUUCAUCGCCAGAUGCUCACGCGCAAAGUGGAAGUGGCUCAACAUCUCGCUCGCCACAGCAGUAUGGGGAGUGUUGAUACCAAUGCUGUUCCGGGCAACAGAAACAGGGGAUUUAACGAGCCGUGGUGCACAAUCGCCCCAGGAACCAGCGAGGCGAUAGUGGUCUCGACCUCUGAAGUAGUUGACAGUGGUGGACACAUAGCUGCGGACAGCGCAACUGGAGCGACGACGGAGACGAAGACUGACGACGACGGAAUGGAUCUGUAUCGCUGGGAUCGCAUUGAUCUCAAUGUGGAACUGGACGACGACGAUCUCUUCGGCUUCCUCAAGUCGUAA